UUUCAAAGACCCAUACACACGUCAUUAUCACAAAGCUAAGCCCCAUUUCUGCAAUUCUCUUCAACCUUCUCCACUUCUAAGCUCUCUUCCACUUCCACUACCUAGUCACACAAACGCACUAGAAGAACAAACACCCACCACUCCCUGCACUCAAAGUUCCUUUCUUUUCUCAAAUGGGGACCCGAAUCCCUUCGCACCAGCUCAGCAGUGGACUCUACGUGUCGGGUCGACCCGAGCAGCUCAAGGAGCGCCAGCCCACAAUGACUUCACGUGCCGUUCCGUACACCGGAGGCGACCCUAAAAAGUCCGGCGAGCUUGGAAAAAUGCUUGAAAUCCCCAGCGUCGAUCCUAAGCCUUCGCGUCCUUCUUCGUCCUCUCAGCACAAUAGUGGGUCAGUAAGAUCCGGGCCCAAUUCGGGUCCGGGAGGGAGGCUAAGCGGGUCGGGUCCCAUGUCGAGAAAGUCUUCCGGGUCGGGCCCAAUAGCGCUGCAGCCCACGGGCCUGAUAACGUCGGGCCCAGUAGGAUCCGGGCCAAUUGGGUCUCGGAGGUCGGGUCAGUUGGAGCAAAGCGGGUCGGUGGGGAAGGCGGUGUAUGGGUCGGCAGUGACGAGUCUGAGCGAGGAGGUGAAGGUGGGGUUUAGGGUUUCGAGGGCGGUGGUGUGGGUUUUCAUGGUGGUGGUCGCAAUGAGUUUGCUUGUUGGGGUAUUUCUGAUGGUGGCGGUGAAGAAAGCUGUGAUCUUGGUGGCUCUUGGAGCGAUUAUUGUGCCCGUUGUGCUUUUGAUCACUUGGAACUGUAUUUGGGGAAGACGAGGGCUUUUAGCGUUUGUCAAGAGAUACCCUGAUGCCGAGCUUAGAGGCGCCGUUGAUGGACAGUACGUUAAGGUUACCGGGGUUGUAACCUGUGGCAGUAUUCCUUUGGAGUCAUCCUACCAAAGAGUACCUAGAUGUGUAUAUGUCUCCACAGAAUUAUAUGAAUAUAAAGGAUUGGGUGGAAAAUCAGCAAAUCCUAAACAUCGUUGCUUCUCUUGGGGUUCUAGAUACUCUGAGAAAUACGUAGCAGACUUCUACAUAUCAGACUUCCAGUCUGGAUUAAGAGCAUUAGUGAAAGCAGGCUUUGGGGCCAAGGUUGCUCCUUUCGUGGAACCAACUACCGUGGUUGAUGUAACAAAGGAUAACAGAGAGCUAUCUCCAAAUUUCUUAGGCUGGCUUGCAGACCGCAAACUCUCUAGUGAUGAUCGGAUAAUGCGCCUCAAGGAAGGGUACAUCAAAGAAGGUAGCACAGUAAGUGUGAUGGGAGUUGUUCGUCGACAUGAUAACGUGCUCAUGAUUGUUCCUUCAGCAGAGCCUGUCUCAACAGGCUGCCAAUGGAUCCGCUGCCUUCUACCAACCUACGUAGAAGGUCUAAUCUUGACAUGCGAGGAUAGUCAAAACGCCGAUGUCAUUCCUGUUUAGUAUUUUCCGUUGCUUUCUUUUGUUUGGAAAUCUGUGUCACAAUACUGAAAUGAGGGAAACUGAUGAAAAAAUCCUAAACUACGGAAUCAGAGUAUUUUCCACGUGCAGGUUUGUCUGUAAAUUGGGUUGGAAGAAGAUGCAAAGCAGACUGCUAAGAUGGUCAUGAUAAGCAGAAUAUGAUUUGAUUAAUAUGACUCAAGGAUCCACAAGGCCAACUACAAGCACUUUGAGAAUUUCAUAUCAAUGUAUCCACGAAGUUGCAUUGUCCCUUUUUCUACUUAUUUAAUGUACAUAGGUAGAGGUGCCCGAAGGGGUUCAAAGUAGUUGCUAUGUUGUGUGUGAGUAAAAUCUGGCCGGAAUUUAGGUUUGUAGUUAGAUAUUAAUUGUCGAGUUUGGGUUAACUUGUAUUC